AUGGCCACCAAGUUUGUUCAGGGACUCACUCUAUGUGUCAUAGCAACCUCAAUGUUCUCAGUGUGCAUGGCCAACAAGGACUGGUCCAUGCCUUCUAACUACUCUGAUUGGUGGUCCAGAUUCGGAAACCGUCACCAAAACAAGACACAACAACAACCCAGAAACAUCAUUGUAGGUGGUUCUGAGCAUUGGCACUUCGGUUAUAACUACACCAGUUGGGCUUUCAAGAAUGGCCCAUUUUACCUUAAUGACACUCUAGUGUUCAAGUAUGAUGCUCCAAAUGCUACCAGCUUCCCACAUAGCGUGUACCUCUUUCCAAACUUCUGGAGUUUUUUGAAUUGUGAUGUUAAGAGUGCUAAGAUGGUGGCGAAUUCCACACAAGGUGUAGGAGAGGGCUUUCAUUUCGUGUUAAAGAAGUGGCAGCCUUACUUCUUUGCUUGUGGUGAGAGAAAUGGUUUUCAUUGCAACAAUGGACUCAUGAAAUUUGCUGUCAUGCCAAUGCUUCGCCCUUUCGGGCCAUGGCCAUGAGAAAAUUAACUCAUACAAGAACCAGACAGCUACUGCUUUUGUUAUUAUACCUCUUUCAUUUUUCCAUUAUAUACUUGCAGCUUAUAAAGCUAAUUUUAUUUUUAAUUUUGUUCUAUUUAUACUUUUCAAGGUACUUAAUGUGAUGCAUUGACAAAAUAAUGUUAUAGGGUGAAUAAAUGUUGAAGUUUUCUUUUAAUGUU